AUGAUGUCCUAUGGGGACAGAGUGGGGGGACCGGCUGUCUCCCCACUUCCAGUCCGUGGGAGACACGUGGUGCAUGGGACGGCCUUUGCUUAUGUGCCCAGCCCACAAGUCCUUCACAGGAUUCCAGGGACAUCCACCUAUGCAUUCUCCAGUCUAAGCCCAGUGACCCUCACAGAGCACAGUUGUCCCUAUGGGGAGGUUCUGGAAUGCCAUGACCCACUACCUGCCAAGCUGGCCCAGGAAGAGGAGCAGAAGCCAGAGCCCAGGCUGCCCCAGAAGUUGCGCCAGGCUGGCACAAAGAUCCUCAAGGUCCCGCUGAUGCUGGGCUUCCUGUACCUCUUUGUCUGCUCCCUGGACGUGCUCAGCUCCGCCUUCCAGCUAGCCGGAGGGAAGGUGGCUGGUGAUAUCUUCAAGGACAACGCCAUCCUGUCCAACCCAGUGGCAGGGCUGGUGGUGGGGAUUCUGGUGACGGUCCUGGUGCAGAGCUCCAGCACCUCGACAUCCAUCAUCGUCAGCAUGGUCUCCUCUGGCUUGUUGGAGGUGAGCUCUGCCAUUCCGAUCAUCAUGGGCUCCAACAUUGGAACCUCGGUCACCAACACCAUUGUGGCUCUAAUGCAGGCAGGGGACAGGACUGACUUCCGGCGGGCUUUUGCAGGGGCCACAGUGCAUGACUGCUUUAACUGGCUGUCUGUUUUGGUCCUGCUGCCGCUGGAGGCUGCCACGGGCUACCUGCACCAUGUCACUGGGCUCGUGGUUGCCUCCUUCAACAUCCGUGGUGGCCGAGAUGCCCCUGACCUUCUCAAGGUCAUCACAGAACCCUUCACAAAGCUCAUUAUCCAGCUGGACAAGUCUGUCAUCACCAGCAUUGCCGUGGGGGAUGAGUCCCUGAGGAAUCACAGUCUCAUCCGGAUUUGGUGCCACCCAGACCCACCAGAGGCUUCCACUUCUAUGUCCAGGAUAGAGGCCAACAUCAGCUUUGCAAAUGCCACCGUGGGGAAAUGCAACCAUCUCUUCGUGGACACUGGGCUGCCGGACUUGGCCGUGGGGCUCAUCCUGUUGGCUGGCUCUCUGGUGGUUCUGUGCAGCUGUCUCAUUCUCCUUGUCAAGAUGCUCAACUCUCUGCUCAAGGGCCAAGUGGCCAACAUCAUCCAGAAGGUCAUCAAUACGGACUUUCCCUCCCCCUUCACCUGGGUCACGGGCUACUUUGCCAUGAUUGUGGGUGCCAGCAUGACCUUUGUUGUCCAGAGCAGUUCUGUGUUCACCUCAGCCAUCACUCCACUCAUCGGCCUGGGUGUGAUCAGUAUUGAGCGCGCCUACCCUCUCACCCUGGGCUCCAACAUUGGCACUACCACAACGGCCAUCCUGGCAGCGCUGGCCAGCCCCAAGGAGAAGCUAUCCAGCUCCUUUCAGAUCGCCCUCUGUCACUUCUUCUUCAACAUCUCGGGCAUCUUGCUGUGGUACCCACUGCCCUGCACACGCCUGCCCAUCCGCAUGGCCAAGGCGCUGGGCAAACGCACCGCCAAGUACCGCUGGUUUGCCGUCCUCUACCUCCUCGUGUGCUUCCUGCUUCUGCCCUCACUGGUGUUUGGCAUCUCCAUGGCAGGCUGGCAGGCUAUGGUCGGUGUGGGAGCACCCUUUGGGGCCCUGCUGGCCUUUGUGGUGCUCAUUAAUGUCCUGCAGAACCGAAGUCCUGGGCACCUGCCCAAGUGGCUGCAGACAUGGGACUUCCUGCCCCGCUGGAUGCACUCCUUGCAGCCCCUGGAUGGCCUGAUCACACGAGUCACCUUGUGCUACGCCAGGCCUGAGCCCCGUUCACCCCAACUUCCCCCCAGAGUCUUUCUGGAGGAGCUUCCCCCUGCCACACCCUCCCCGCGCCUCGCACUGCCUGCUCACCACAAUGCCACCCGUCUCUAG